CUUCCUCCGUCCAUUGCAGGCAGGUGCGUGGGUUCCACUACUUCACGUUCCCGUCCAUCGUGGGCUACGCGCUGCCGUACGCGUGGGCGGGCAACUCGGCGGGGCGGUGCCCGAACGGGGACGUCGGGGUGGACCGCAUGGUGAGCGUGGUGGCGCACGAGCUGGCGGAGAUGGCGUCCAACCCACUCGUCAACGCCUGGUACGCCGGCGGCGACCCCUGCUUCCCCACCGAGAUCGCUGACCUCUGCGAGGGCAUCGACCAGCGCAGCGGCGCCGCCUACAACGUCAACGGGGUCGGGGGCCGGAGGUUCUUGGUCGAGUGGAUCUGGAACCCCGUCCUCAACUACUACUCCGGCCCCAACGCCCUCGACGAGUAAAAUAUUUAUUAUUUAUUUAAUUAAGAACCGCGCGCUAGCUAGGUACCUAGCUAGCUAGUUUCUACCGCUCGAGCGGGCCCAUCGAUUUCUCGAUUGAUUGAUCGAGAACGUCAGUAGAUAGAUGCACGACCAUUACUGGUCGUUAAUGGUUAUUACCAUCACGAACGAAUAUAUAUAGUUCCCUUUAAUUAAUUAUAAGUUCGCCGUUUUGUUUUUACUAUGCUACUCAUGCGAGUUGCAUCCUCUCUAUCUAUUAUGAUCUUAUAUGGUUCGAAAUUAGUUCUCGACGAAGGCAGAGGGGAGCUUCAUCAAUCAUGGGGCUGUAAGGGCGAUACUGCUGUGAUGGUGGUGGAGGUGAGCAAUGCCAUUUUUCAUCAGCGAUGGAGAGAACAUCAGCAGCGUGGAGAUGGAGUCGGUGCUGUACUGUCACCCGGCGGUGGACGGAGGAAGAAGAAGAAGAGGAAGAAAAAGAGAAAAAGAAAAUAAAAAGAAAUAGUGCAAAAUUCUUUUAAAGA